AUGGCUGAUGAUAACAUUACUCUCGAUAUUCACCAAUUCAUCAAAAGUCAUUUGUUCGUCAAGAAUUGGAUCAAUUACAGACAGCAUGUAUAUGAAAAGUCAGACCUCCUUCUCUUGAUUGGACAAAUUAUGGAACUUUUCAAAAUGGAGAAAACUCUUGCUACAAUCUCUCCGCCAGUUACAAUUGUUGGUGAUAUCCAUGGACAAUAUCCGGAUCUUGUGAGAAUUUUGAAUUCUCGGAUUUCUAAAGAAGAAGCUAAACAAAAAAUAGUCACCAGUUAUUCGUCAAACAGAUUUGUUUUCCUGGGCGACUAUGUUGAUCGAGGAAAUCAUUCAAUUGAAUGUAUUUGUCUAGUUUUUGCUUUGAAGGUUCUCGAUCUGAAAUUUGUUUCCCUUUUAGUUAUUAUGUUUCAGAUAGCGUAUCCCACAAAUUUCGUUUUGCUACGUGGGAAUCAUGAAACCAAAGCAAUCAAUUUUGCGUAUGGAUUUAGAGAAGAACUAGAGAAUAGACUUGGAAAAAAGGAUGGUUUCGAAAUUUGGGAAAAAUUCAACGAAGUGUUCUCUUUUAUGCCAUUGGCUUGUUUAGUUGGUGGACGAAUCUUGUGCAUGCACGGAGGAAUUAGUGAAAAAUUGGAGUCAUUGGAUUCUAUUGAUAGCAUCGUACGCCCACUUCCGGAAGUUACCGAUUUGGCUCAAGAUUUAUUGUGGUCUGAUCCAAUGGAUGUACAAACCUUGGCAUCGAUCAGUGAUACACCAAAGUAUGCCAAGAACAUUGUCCGUGGAUUAGCACAUUCCUUCAAUGAUGCAGCAGUACGAGAUGUUUGCCGACGUCUAAAUCUUCAUUUAGUUGUUCGAGCCCAUCAGAUGAUUCCCGAAGGAUUCAAAUUCAACUCGGACCGCAAGCUUCUCACUAUUUUCUCGGCGCCACGUUACAUGAAUGAGAGUGAUAACCGUGGUGCCACGUUGCAAGUCGACGUAAAUGGACAAUUGAGUAUUAGUGUAAUGAGAUACACAAAACCACUUCGUACAAAAGCUUUGGGUUCAGAUGAAAUCACUCGUGGAGACCAUCUGCCUGAUAUUUCAAGAAAGAAAUCAAACUCUUUUAUUCCUUCUACAUUUUCAAGUUCUAAGAGUACCAGCCUCAAAAAGUAGAUAUCUGAAAUAAAAAUUGAUUAUCUA